AGAGAGAGAGAGAGAGAGAGAGCGUGCGCGAUCUCCCGCCGCCACUGUCACCACCUGUGCCCGAGGCCCUGCUCGCCGAGCGCCCCAUUGUUCCUGCUCCCGCCUCUUUCUCCGCUCCUCCCUCUCCGCGGCAUGACCAUGAGUUCUCCGCCGGCAUCGACCCCCUCGUCCCCCUCCACGGGGACCCCCGGCCAGCCGCCCCCCAGCUUUGAAAUCCUCCGGUCCAUCUUCUUCCGGCAAAACCUCCUCCUCUCGUCGGAGGUGAAUUCUGUCCGCGACCUUGCGACCGAUCUCCAGUAUGAGACAUGUAAGCUGCUGGAUCUCUCCUGGCGCAAUCUCCUCUCCUCGGCGCGGCUUGAGUCCUCCUCCUCGGUGACCACCGCUGGCGGGAUCAACUCUCCGUGGGUGGCCUUCGAAAAGGAGUGCAGCCAGCAUCUCCUCCCGGCGCCGCUGGUUCCGGGGGCCGCCUUCCCUCAGCCGACCGAGAAUGUCACCCAGAGCCCGCAUCUUCUGCAGGAUGUGGCAACUUUGCUUAGUGAGACGUGGCGCCGGCCGCGUCUUCUGGCGCAAGCUCUGUGCCUCUUUUCGUCGGAUGUCCAGCCAACCACCAUCGGAGACUCUGUCGGUGGCGGGUCAUCCUCGACGCCGAUCGACCUGGAUGCCCUUGUCCAGGCCACCCUCUUCGGCCUUUACGGGAAUUUCAAUCCACUGGUCGAUGAGCGGGCCAUCCUCACGGUACUGGAGCACAUCCUGACGUACAACUUCGCCGAGAUCAUGAAGCCUCGGUCGCGCGCCUCCUCGUCCGAGAUCAAGGCCUCGAGCCCGCUUACCCAGGCACAGAUGGACGACAUCCGCAAGCGCUUCCUCCACUGGCUCCGCGAGAACAGCCUCUUCUCGCGCAUGCUCUCGUCCUACCUCAAAUACUUCACCCCGGGAAGGGCCUUCUUGCGCGCUGUCCUGCGAGCGCCUCUUCUCAAGGCCAUCUCCAUGGCGGAGAAGCUCAACCCCUCCUUGCAGACGCCCAGCGCCGAUGAGACUGCCAACACCUGGCUGGUGACCGCCUGUGUGGAGAUCUUCCAGGCUAUCGAGCAAAAUAUCCCCUCUCUACCCUUCGGUCUGCGCUGGCUGUGUCGGCGACUGAUUGAGAUUCCCUCUAAUGGCCGCGUGGCCGAUGGGGACUUUUCGCUGGUUUCCGAGCUGCUCCUAUCGCGCUUCAUUUGCCCGGCUAUCAUCCAGCCUCAAUUCUUUGGCAUCCUGCAGGACGCCUCUCUCAACGCGGGUGCACUCUUUGGCCUGAAGACACUUGCCAAGGCCGUCUCUGCUGUGGCCCAAUCUGCGCAGCUGGAGAGCGUGACCGACAUCCAGAACAUCCACCGCGACCCGAAAAUCGCCACCGUCAUCACCAAGAUCCACACCCAUCCGCACUUCAAGCCCUCCUUCAUCCUGAAUACCAUGCGUCAGGUGGUCUCGGUGCCGGAUUUGCCUGCCGGCCUGCCGGGUCUGUCUAAGAUCGAUCGCACAGUCUCCUUUGCCGACCGCGUGCCGGGAGCCGCCACCGCGGCCGCCAUCUCCGGCACUGCUGGUGACCAGGCGCGUCUGCUGUCGCAUGAACUGCUCGAGCAGCCGGCCUUCCACCUGGAUGGGCCGCUGUACAUGGUCACCUCGCACCGGAUCUGCUUCAUCCUCUCGAAUGUGCUCUUCCGCUCGAGCCUCACGCUCCCUUCCAAGCUACGCGUGGCAGUUGACCGCCUCAAUGGCGCGCUGGACGCCGCCAACAAGGCCCUCUCCUUUAUCAUCAUCCACGGCGGCGAGCCGAAACAGGGGCGCUCAAUCUUGCUGGACCCACAAACCGCUAUCUCCCUUGAAAUGGGCGAGGAGCGCCUGCAUCAGCCGUCGCCCACUGACAAGAAGGCCUUUGAGAAUCUCAGCCAACACCCUCGACUUGGGAAGCUCCUCAGCCGCGAGGACAUUGCCAAGGUGGUGGAGGCUCGGGCCUACCUGUGGAAUGUCCUGUCUAGUCAUUCGAUUCCCUCCCGGUCCUGGCGGUAUUUCAACCUGAAUUCCAUCCUUCGCCAGGAGCUCGCGUUCGCACAGGCGUCCAAGGGCGACGCUCCCGCCUUUUCGCACUUCAAGUAUGACUUCUCCGAGGUCGACACAGAUGCCCUGACCAAUGCGCAGCUUGGGAUCGAUGAAUUCGAUGAUGACCUGAUGGAUGGCGUGAUGGACUACAGCUCCAAUGCGGUUCCCCUGCGCGAGGAGCUCAUCCGCAUCAUGGACAGCAUCACCCCCGGGCAGAUGGCCGAGGUGGAGGUCUGGCUGCGGCAGACCCUCUUUGCGGACUAUGCCAAGGCCGCCUCCUUUGUUCUCUUGCUCUAUGAGAAGCGCUCCUCGCUGAUUGUCCGGCUGUCCAUGCUGAAGGCCGAGAACCAGAAGCUCACUCGGUCCCGGCGGGCGGCCGUCCGGCUGCACUCGAUCCUGCGUGUCAACCGCCUGGUGGAGCGCCGGUCGGCCGAAAUCCGCGAGUUCAUCAAGGAGUUCGAGGCCACCGACAACUAUGAGAACAUGCCGGCGGUGGUGACCAACUUCAUGUUCAGGUCGGAAGCGCUCCUUCGCCAGGAUCAGGCUUGGCAGACCUCCUGCCAGCAAGAGCGCGAAAAUGCCUGCCUCAUUCUCGAGCGCGUCUUCAUGCAGAAGGUUUACCCCAGUGUCUUCCGGGCCAUCUCUUCCACGUCGACCAUCGACCUCUUUUCGCGCAUUGAGCAGCUUCGACCGAUCCUCAACCUGGAUCACCCGCUAGUUCAGAUUGCCGGGCACCUGGUGAGUCAGGCGCCUUGGCCGACGGUGCAGAAGGAACUCGGCCUGCUUCAUCUGUACCGUGCGCCGAUGGACAUGCUCGCGUGCAUUGUGCGAGUGUGCAAGUCGCUGAUGGACUUCCUCUCCAUGAGCCAGAAGCCUGUCGGGGCGGACGACUUCUUCCCAGCUCUCAUCUAUGUUAUCGUGCAGGCGAAUCCGCCCGACCUGCAGUACUCGGUUGAGUACAUUCGCGCCUUUGCUGAAAGGCGGGCCAUCGGCCAGGCGGCGUAUUGGUGGACGCAGUUCUGCACAGCGGUCACCUUCCUCAGCAAGCUCGAUAAGAAGGGCUUCAUGCCUCCGAUGUAGUCGUACACGUGUAAUUGCGCGGGGGUGCGAGUGCGCGAGCACCCUCCUGGCAUCCCCACCACCCGCUGAUGACGUGGCUACCGCGUGCCAUCACCCGCGCCUUGUGUAGUGGGACAUCCCAGACCGAUCGCCACACGGGGCCUUUUAUUUAAUGAACACAAUAGACGAAGUGUGCUCUCUCUCUC